GCACGACGCAGUCAGCUAACAAAGGAUACAAUGAAACGUUGGUUGCUUCAGCUCCAUUGCGGUUGCUGUGUUUGGGGCACUUUCCUGUCUCAAAGACUGCGGGCUCGGUCUUGUUUCUCCUCCGAAUCUCUCAUCCAUCAGUGAUCUUCACUGCUCAGAACACCAUGGCGAAUCGCUUCGUCCGUUCCUCCAAAUAUCGGCACGUGUUCGGUCGCCCGACUCGAAAGGAACAAUGCUAUGACAAUAUAAGGAUAUCGAAAAAUGCUUGGGAUACCAACUUGAUCAAGGCCAACCCCGAAUACCUCUCCGUGAACUGGGACAGUAGCGGCGGCGGAGCAUUCGCGGUCAUUCCUGUGAACGAACGAGGCCGAUUACCGGAAAGGAUACCGCUUUUCCGAGGCCAUACUGCUGUGGUAUUAGAUACAGAUUGGAACCCUUUCAAUGACUCUCUGAUCGCAUCUGGAUCCGACGAUGGCAAGGUAUUCCUCUGGAGAGUGCCAGAUGACUUUACGCUGCAUCUCGAUGUGCCGGCAGAUGAAGUUCAGGAUGUCAGUCCGGUCGGCAAGCUGAGUGGUCACCCCAAAAAAGUGGGACAUGUGCUAUUCAACCCUGCGGCCGAGAACGUUUUGGCAUCAGCUGCUGGAGAUUUCACGGUCAAGCUCUGGGAUAUCGAAUCCGGCUCAGCCAAGCUCAAUUUGAAGGUGGGCGAGGUUAUCCAAUCCAUGUCAUGGAGCGCAGACGGGUCUCUGAUGGUUACAACAUCCCGGGACAAAAAGCUGAGAAUAUGGGAUACAAGACAAGAGAAGCCGGCCCAUGAAGUUGCCGGUCACGCAGGUGCCAAAAACAGCCGAGCGGUGUGGAUGGGUGAACAUGACAGAGUCGCGACCACGGGCUUCUCAAGAAUGAGUGAUCGUCAGCUUGCGCUUUGGGACAUCAGAGCUCCUCAGCAGCCUGUCGAUGGAUUCCAGAUGCUCGACUCGAUAUCUGGAGUAUGCAUGCCCUUCUGGGAUGAUGGCACGCAAUGUCUGUACCUGGCAGGCAAAGGCGACGGUAACAUUCGGUACUACGAGUAUGAGCACGACAAGUUCGAGUAUCUGUCGGAGUACAAGUCUUCGGAUCCACAACGAGGAGUUGCUUUUGUGCCAAAGAGAGGCGUCAACAUGCACGAGAACGAAGUAAUGCGAGCAUACAAGACUGUCAACGACAACUAUAUCGAGCCAAUCUCCUUCAUUGUACCACGGCGAGCAGAAUCCUUCCAAGAAGACAUCUACCCGCCUACUGUUGGUUUGAAACCAGCCAUGAGCAGCAACGAAUGGUUUGAGGGUGCCUCAGGGCUGCCACCAAAGAUCUCAUUGGAGAGCCUGUAUGAGGGUCAAGGCAUAAAAGAGGUCCCUGCUGACGCGCCCAAACCUGUCAAGAAGGCUCCUGAACCUGUCAAAGCUCCAGAACCGAAACCUGAGGUUGCUGAACCAUCGCCAGCCGCAACUCCAACGAUACGAUCUCCACCUCCAUCCAUGAAAGACCAAGGCGCCACAAUGAUGGCAGCAGCCACCAAAUUCCAAGAUAGCGAGCCAGUGGAAGAAGAUGGAGAUGAUGAUUCGAGCUUCGAGGAAGUUCAAAAGCCGGCUGAGAGAACGUCUGCGGUUAAGCCUGCCGUUGCAGAAGAGAGCAAAGAGGAACCGACGCCAGCUACGAGCAAAGCCCAGGCAGACGCUGAAGACUUUGAGACUGAGACAAGGGCUACCGAAAGUCCGAAGACAACCGUUCCAGAUCUCAAGUCUCCAAAGCUUGCCGGCGAUGAGUCUGGUAGUGCGACUGAUGACGCCUCCUCGCAAUCGAUGGAACGAGAAAUGAAGAACAUGAAGGCCAUGAUGGCUCAACAAUCUCGACAACUCAGCAGUCUGACACAAACGCUGACCGAACUCGUGGCUGAAGUCAAGGCUCUUAAAGGAUCAUAGUUGGAUACUUUCUUGAAAUUAGCGAUGUUCACAUGAGCGUUUGUCUGGUCGCGUUCCGUUCAUGUUGAAGUACAUAGGUAUUCGGUCUCGGCGCCGCCAGAAGACAACUGUGUUUUCGUGUCGUCGCUCGGGAUCGGGCGCUGCCGAUGACCCUUUUGUUAUACGAACGUCAGCACGAGAGAUAAGCGAUGCAAGGCUGAUCACUUCAGAUAAAGCAUUCUCUCCAUAGGGUGCUGGCCCCGACCUGCUUACAGCAUGAAUCGACCAAGUAUCUAGGUAAGGGCUCGUGUGGCUCGUACUAAGAAGAUAAGCGUGGAUAAGCUACUAAGCCAACGGGGCUAACACGCUUCGGGAAAGCUUAGUUGAACCUCGG